UUUCCUUUAGCCCAUUAGCAGCCGCCUCCAUCCCUUCCCUCUAUCCCUCUCGUCUCCCCUUCUUGCAUCUAAUCCUCGUCCAUCUUUCAUCUCUUCUUCUUCCCUUUCUUCAAUCUCCACCGUCGCAAAGUUCCAUCUCCCUUCUCUCUCUCUCAUUUCUCUCCUCUUCCUCGUCAACUCUAACUCCUUUCAUCGUCGACCAUCGCAACCGUGUACUUCCAUCGCCGACCAUCGCAACUGUGUAUUUUCCUCUACCAGUCUGUGCAGUUAUCAAAGUGGUAUUUAGCUUGUUCUAUUCGCAAGUCUUCACGAUUCUUCUUGACAUCAAAGUGAAAGAUUUUGCAUUGGGCGUUUCCCGUUUGAGCUUCAAGAAACUUCAGCAAUGGAGAUGGAGAAGAAAGAGAUGGCUUCUAAAUCCUCUACUCCCAUAUCUAUUCCAGAGGCGUUCUUCCUCCACCUAAUCUCCGCCCUAGGCCUAGCCCUAGCUUUCUGGAUUGCUCAUUACAUCUUCUCCACCGAUCUCAUCUCCGAUCCUUCUCGUACUCUCUUCUUCAUUUUGGUCGUUCAAUCUCCCAUUGUGAUUCUUCUUUACAGCCGGUAUCGUACGGACCGACACCAAUGCUCGUACUUGAAAGCUGUGGCACGAGGAUUGCUUGGGCUCCCUACUGGAAGAAAUUCCCAAAUUUCACGAUCGACGAGGCCAGAAUGAUCCUUUGGAAACAAGCUGGCGGUAGGAUAAUGAAGGCCUCAGGUCGAUCCAAUCUGAAAAGAAAAGAAAAAUAAAAAACCACAAACAGAUAUGAAGAACGAGUGGAUUGAUUUUGGCGGUGGUGGAUCUGAGCUGCGGCUGCAAAAUGGUACACAAAAUUUUAGACCUAUUAUUAUUGAUUUAACUCUUUGAUACAUUGUGCAAGACCUUUUUUUUUUUUAAAAGGAGUUUAUACAUAAGAGUUAAAAAGUAUAAAAGAAAAAGAUUUAGUUAUAUUUAACAUUACAUCAUGCAAGCAAUUGAAGGAGUGAAGAGGUAAGAAUCAUGUGGUACGAUCUCCAAGACAAUGGUCUGAAUGAAAACCUUGCCAUUUCCAUUCUUAGCUUGAAUUUCUUUAAGAUUCACCUUGUGAAGAGCCGGUGCUUUGAGAGAGAGAAUUGAGGUUGUCUGGGAGGUAUUGGGAAGAUCGUCAAAAAUAUGACUUUUUUGUUUUUGUUUAUUCAUAUUGAUGUAUGGUGGUUUGGUUUUUCUUACUGAGCUUGUAAUAAUUGAAUCUAUCUUGUAUUGAGAUUGGUUCUUCUUGAUUUGAUUUUAUGAAUAUGAAUUAAAUCUUUGUGAUCAA